AUGGCUGCCUUGCGGGACGGCGCUCGUCCGGCCAGCCCGACUGACGCGCAGGCGCAGAGCGCUGUAGGGCCGCGGCGGCCGCUCCCUGGCUGGCAGUGCUCGCUAAGAUGGCGGAUUUCCUGCCGUCGCGGUCCUCUCUGUCGGGCUGCUUCCCCGGCUGCCUGCUCAACAGCACCGAGGCCGAGCAGCAGCGCAAGUCCAAGGAGAUCGACAAGUGCCUCUACCGCGAGAAGACCUACGUCAAGCGGCUCGUCAAGAUCCUGCUGCUGGGCGCGGGCGAGAGCGGCAAGAGCACCUUCCUCAAGCAGAUGCGCAUCAUCCACGGGCAGGACUGGGACCAGACCGCCCGCGAGGAAUUCCGCGCCACCAUCUACAGCAACGUCAUCAAAGGUGUAAGAGUCCUUGUCGAUGCCCGAGAGAAACUUCAUAUUCCCUGGGGAAAUCCUGCUAAUCAAACAAAUGGUGACAAGCUGAUGGCCUUUGAUACCCGCUCAGGAGUGGUGUUGCACGGGAUGGUGGACACCCAAGUUUUUUUACAGUACCUUCCAGCAAUAAAAACCUUGUGGGCCGAUUCUGGUAUACAGCAUGCCUAUGACAGACGCAGAGAAUUUCAGCUGGGGGAAUCUGUAAAAUAUUUUCUGGACAACUUGGAUAAACUUGGAGAACCAGAUUACCUUCCCUCCCAGCAAGAUAUUCUUCUGGCACGAAGACCUACAAAAGGGAUCCAUGAGUACGAUUUUGAAAUUAAAAAUGUUCCCUUCAAGAUGGUUGAUGUAGGUGGCCAAAGGUCAGAGCGAAAACGUUGGUUUGAGUGCUUUGACAGUGUCACUUCGAUACUGUUCCUGGUUUCCUCAAGUGAAUUUGACCAGGUACUUAUGGAAGAUCGACUAACAAAUCGCCUUACAGAAUCUCUGAACAUUUUUGAAACAAUAGUCAACAACCGGGUUUUCAGCAAUGUUUCAAUCAUUCUCUUUCUAAACAAGACAGACUUACUUGAGGAAAAAGUGCAAAAAGUGAGCAUCAGAGACUAUUUCCCAGAGUUUGAAGGGGAUCCCCACUGCUUAGCAGAUGUCCAGAAAUUCCUGGUGGAUUGUUUUCGUACCAAACGUCGAGACCAACAGCAGAAGCCAUUAUACCACCACUUCACCACUGCAAUUAAUACAGAAAACAUCCGCCUGGUGUUUCGCGAUGUCAAGGAUACCAUCCUUCAUGACAACCUCAAGCAGCUCAUGCUACAGUGAUGUGCAAAAAACCUUUGAUUUGUGUUACUUGUUUACAGCAGAAGUUGAGGGGGCGGAACUGAUCUUGUCAGGCCUCAUGAUACAUGGGUAAAAGCUGCUGCUGUUCAAGUUAUUGCCAAUUUCUCUUGAAAUUCUGGCUCUAAUCUUUUCCACUGUAGCGUUAUCUUGAAUCGGUUGUAACUUCUUAACAGACCUCACAUUUUUAAAGCUAACUCCAGAUUUUAACCUCUUCCAUCUUUCCAGACGGAUAAAGCCUAUAGUCCUGUAACAUCUAUUAACCUAUAGACAUGUGGUUGAGAGAAUUCACCUUGGAAACUUGUUACCUUAAAGCAGUUUGGUGGUGUGUGAAACAGUUUAUAGGAUAAAUUUAAUACAUGUUUAACUCUGGACUGCUCUCCAAGCUUGGCCUCCCCUCCCCAACCUCACGAUUAUUCUGCAUGGCAAACACCUCUGCUCUUUUCAAUAAUUAAGCAGCAUUUGAAGUUUACAAAUGUAUUUCUGCUUCCAUGCCAAUAGAGGGUGCUCACAAGUGGUACCAGAAAGGAAAAUCAUUGAGGUCUGCUACCACUGAAUGUCUUGAUCAAAAUCAAUCAUGCAAAGGGACUACUGAUCUUGAUUGGUCAUUGUUAGAUCAUGUGGUUUGAAAAUCUAUGCUUUACAGUUUGAAGCUGAACAAACUUAAAUCACACAGCUGAUUGGAAGUCUCUUUCAAUAGCUUUGAGUAAACUGUUAUCUAAGGAUGUUCCUUGUUUUUAUUCAGUUAGCUCAGAAAUUGUGGUUUUGAUAGAUGGAGCCAAGCAAGGGAUUUGUUUCUGCUAAACAGUGCCAGUGUUUAUGGAUGUCAGAUGCACCUUGUUAAAAUAGAGUGACAACACUGAGAGUGCACACAACUGUAGCUGACAGAGUACUGACAAUUAUGGUAGUGAAAAAUGCAAAACAUGUUUUAUUAAAGUGUAAAGCAACUGAAUGACCUCCCAGAAAUAUCAUAUUGCAAAAAAGUAUAAUUUCAAAAGGGAUUCCACUUCAAUUGCUGCACUCCUCAACUCAGCUUUGCAAGCAAAUACUCACUGAAAUGCAACAGACUUGUUGGAUGGACUAAUUGCUUUUUUCAUCUCAGUUCUGAGGAAGCUGGUGAUAUCAAAGCUGACUUUGAUUUCUCAGGUAUUGGUUAAAAGCCCUUAUAUUACUAAUUACUCUGGAUUUCCUAGUUUAACAGUAGAAUAUCACAGAUCUUAUGCUAUGCUUUAGAGAGAACAUGUGUAGAAGGGAUUGACACUUGUGCCUGUUCUAAUGCUUUACUACCAUAAAUGGGUUAAUGACCAGAGAUUAGCAGCACAAUAUUCCUUGCUUUUGUUGCACAGGCCAAACAGCAUUUGAGAGCAAUAGUAAUGCACUAAGGUCUACUAUUAUGUAAUCUUUGGGAGAGGGGAGGAGGUUGGCAAAAUAUCCAUAUUUUUUAAAACUUAGUUUUGCCACCUGUUAGUUUCAGGUAAUUGAAGAGUUUGUGCCAAUUAAGUGCUUCGAUAGACUUCAUCCUCUCAGUUCUUUAGUGGUCAUAGUCCUGCAUCAGGAAAAUUAAUGGAUGCAGAAUCUUUUAACCUAAAGUGCCUCUUAAUUUGUUUUCCUUUCAGUGGCCUUAAGUGAAUGCCAAUAUGCCUGAGCAUGGGUGGUGUGGAGGGGGGGUGUCCCAUUGCCCGAAUAGAUUUCCAGACUCUCCACAGAGAUUAUCAUUCGCUGACAUGAGCAUCUACUAGAAAAUACAAACAUCUCAUAACUGGAACCCAAGUUGUUCUAAAGAGAAACAGAUUAUCUGUUUCAUCCAUCAAAUGUCAUUUAUAUGUUCUGGAAUACAGAAUGCUUUCUGCUAAACCUCUGACUACUUAGUAAUAUAUUGCUAAGGACAGUACCUGCUCUUGAUCUGAUUGCCUCACCAGCUUAAUGCAACAAAUCAUUGAUAACUUCUGUGGAAUGGUGACAUAUAAAAAGAAACGAGUAACCAAAGCUUUUUCAUUUGGCUAGAUUUUGGCAUAAAACCUGUUAUGGGUUAAGAGAUCUCCUUGAGCUGAAAUAUUCUUGAACGUUGGCUCCUGGGAUCCAGCUUAUUUGGUAAAGCUGAUAAGCGCUCUACCAUAAAACUGUUUAAAAUUUGGGGUAGAUUUAUAUGUAUGGCGAAUGUAAGGUCCAAAUUGCAUGUGGCAUGUAGUUGUUUACCAAAAGCAGCCUUAGGAAGCUGAGAGGAGGAAUUGCAUAAUCCCUUCUCCUCAAGCAGUUUUCCCACUCAAAAUCUCACACAACUGCUUUUCUCCUUGUGUGAGAAGAAAAGAUGAGGUAUCUGCAUCUUUCCCCACCUACAGCUUCACGCUGUUUGUGUGUGGGUUUUUUUGUUGGUUUUUUGCAUGGGAUGGCAGUUUGGUGAGAGAAGCUGUCAGAGGGGGAAAGGUUUUUAACAGCCCCUCUUCUCUCCCAAUCCCCUACUUAACCUCCCAAGGUUGCAUUUGGGUUUUGUUUUUAUUUCAAGUUGAGGAGGAAAUACAUGCAACUGCUUGUCAAAUCUAGUUUGGGUUUAAUUAUUGCAUGAAAACAGUAUUGGCACCAGAAAGCUUGAGAGAGAUCUUGGAUGAUGAGUAAGCAUAGUCUGCCUGUCAUUCUUCAGCUCCAAAUAUGUUCCUUAUGGCUGCCUAUUAAGCAAUCCCAGUUAUGCCUGAUCCUAGGUACCUGUUUGCGGGCCCUGGAGAGGUUGGGAUUUGACUUUCCUGCAUUCCGCUUUCCUCCGCUCAACUUCUCCAGCACACUCGGUGAGAACAUGUCCAAAAAGACCCUAAUGGUGCAAAAUGAAGUCUCCCCUCCACCCCCCAAAAACCCAUUGCUUACAGAUAUGGCCUAGUCAGUCCCUUAGACCCACACAAAGAUCUGUCUGUAGGGAUAUGUUUAGGUCAUGCCUUAAAUUCUUAACAGAAUUUUGCAUGGUCAGAUUUAGGUGUUGUUUUUAAAUGCAGAAUUGGCUUAUUAAAUGCUGUUGCAAAAUGCAUUUUUUGUCAGAAAAAUGUUGCUUAUUUUUAAUUCUUUUUUCUUCCAUUAAACAUCGACUCUUAUAAAUCCAGGGUGACUUUAAGAAGAACAAAUAACUUCUCUAGUUUUCUUCCAACUUUGAUAGACUGAAGCAGAUCUGCCCAUGAAAUUUGUAGCAAACUUCCUAAGACAUUUUUAAGAAAUCUAAAACAAAGCAUUUAAUGUUUCCUUUUAAAAAUAAAAUUACCAUUCUUAAAUUAAAAAUAUAUCCAGGCCUUAAUUUAAUGCCUUAUUUGAUGGCAGCAAGUGUAAACAUCCAUUCCUUGGGGCUUGAAAAACCCUGUUUUCUCUCACUGUGAAAUAGGUGGCAGCAUGGGACAGCUGUUGUCCCACUAUCAGAUUUCCUGAGAAGAUCCCAGGUAGGAGCAGGAGCUCCAAGAUGCCCAAAGAUACAGCAGGAGGGAGCACAGGCCUGGAGUAAAGGCAAGUGGUCGCAGAGCAGAGAGCUGGUCUUGUGGUAGCAAGCAAGACUUGUCCCCUUAGCUAAGCAGGGUCUGUCCUGGUUGCAUAUGAAUGGGAGAAUAGAAGUGUGAGCACUGUCAGAUAUUUCCCUCAGGGGAUGGAGCCCUCUGGGAAGAGUAUCUAGGUUCCAAGUUCCCUCCCUGGCUGCUCCAAGAUAGGGCUGAGAGAGAUUCCUGCCUGCAACCUUGGAUAAGCUGCUGCCAGUCUGUGAAGACAGUACUGAACUAGCUAGACCAAUGGACUGACUCAGUAUAUGGCAGGUUCCGAUGUUCCGAAUGGUGCAUGGUUUCCCAAAAAUUUUCUCUUGGAAUCAAAAUGUGAUAAUUUUAUAAUCAAGUUUAGAGACAAACCUUAAGAAACCUGCAUAUCAAGGUGAUGGCAGAAAAUCCCUUCUCUGACCACAGUAUUUCCUCUUCUAGAUGGAUUAGGUAUUGUAUAUUCUAGGGUCAACUGCUCACAAGCCAGCUUCUUAUAGACUUUCCCCUAUUUGAUGGUACAAUAACAUGGACAUCUCCAAGAUCAUUCAUAAGUACACAACAUUUUAAUAUGGCCAUUUGCUGUUUUCUUUACCUUGUACUUGAAAGUAAAAUUUUGCUCGUUGAAAACUCCUUUUCCAUCCUUCAGCAGUGAGAGUUUAUGUUCUGUAAACCUUUUAUCUAAAAAUAUAGUUUGUAACAACCUCACAAAACUUUGUCUAAUUAGCUUUGUAUAAAUGUGGGGUAUGUUUUGGUGGCUUUACAUUUUUAUAUAUGUAACUUUUGUAACUUACCAGGGACUAAGAAAAUCUGUUACUUUGUAAAUUCCCUGCCCCCCCUCCCCACACUUGCCUUAGUUCAGCAUUGGCAGUAAAUUAUUUCUAAAGAAGGUCUUAAAAUGAAUAAUUUUAAAAUUGUUUGAUUACUAAUAGAUGGAUGCCUUUUUUAGUUGUACAUUGCUCUGUACAUACUUUGCAAAAGUGUUGCCUUCCAGCCAUUAAUAUUUGCCUUGUGUAAAGUAAAUUACUGAUGGUGAAUAAACAUUAUACAUUCUCCGUG